GGCUGGGCUGGGAAACAGUAGCUGUUGGAAAAAACAUGUAACGGUGCAAGGUACGCUGCACCUUCUCACGACAUUCCUUACUGAGACCCAGUUCAUCUAACGAGACAAACUCCUGUCUAUCAUAUUGUGACCGUGUCAGGUGGUGGGGAAGGCCUAAUCCCUCAUCUUCAAUAGGCCCCCCCCAGCCAUGGACAAACAAGGAGCCAUGAGUACAUCAGGCAAAGCCAGUGGGCUAAAACCCCCCAGUAAAAUAGUCCGUCCCUCCGGUGUUCCAUCACGGACAUCACCGUCAUCUGGUACCUUGAAGCCAGUUCCUCCUGAAAAGCCCCCUGGCAGUGUGACCUCACCAGUCCAAGAUGGAAACACAGACUUUAAAAUUGGAGAGAGAGUCUGGGUCAACGGCAACAAGCCUGGCUAUGUGCACUUUGUUGGAGGGACGCAGUUUGCUCCCGGCCAGUGGGCGGGCAUUGUGCUGGACGAGUCGAUCGGGAAAAACGAUGGCUCUGUGGCAGGGGUCCGAUACUUCCAGUGUGAGGACGGACGGGGGAUAUUCACGCGGCCUUCAAAGCUGUCCAGAACAGCACUGCCAGAGAAGGAGACGAAUGGAGGCCGGGCCAGUCCAGCACAAGGAGUCUCCGCAACAAGCGAGGCAGCACCUGCUGGCACUACUUCAUCUACUCCAGGCACCGGCAUUAAGACAGGCGGAGCACUUAACCGGAUCCUGACAUCCAGUGAGUCAGUGUCCAACCUCUCCGACCCAGAUUCCGCGAAGAAGAACAGAAGGGAGCUAAGGCUGGGAGACCGAGUGCUGGUUGGUGGUACCAAGGCAGGAGUGGUGAGGUUUCUCGGAGAGACAGACUUUGCUAAGGGAGACUGGUGUGGAGUCGAACUAGAUGAACCUCUAGGCAAGAAUGAUGGCGCUGUAGCUGGAACCAGGUACUUCCAGUGCAUGCCCAGGUAUGGCCUGUUUGCUCCAGUUCACAAGGUGACCCGAAUUGGCUUCCCCUGUACCACCCCUACCAAGGCAAAGAGCUCACGGAGGAGGUCCACUCUCAAAAGAAGCCCCAGCGCUUCCUCCAUCAGCUCCAUCAGCUCCGCCACCUCCUCAAUCAGUGGGAAACCCAGCCGAGCAGGACUGCUGACAGAAACGUCAGCUCGGUACGCUCGUAAGAUUUCAGGCACCACAGCCCUGCAGGAGGCUCUGAAGGAGAAGCAGCAGCACAUCGAGCAGCUGCUGGCAGAGAGGGACCUGGAGAGGUGCGAGGUGGCAAAAGCAACCAGCCAUGCAGGAGAGGUGCAGCAGGAGCUGACUCUGCUGAGGAAAUGCCGGGAUCAGUACGCAGUGGAGAUGGAGGCCAAGAUGGAUCAGCUGCGGUCGAUGGUAGAAGCAGCAGAUAGAGACAAAGUGGAGCUGCUCAACCAGCUGGAGGAGGAGAAGAGGAAAGUGGAGGACCUACAGUUUCGAGUAGAAGAGGCAUGCAUCACCAAGGGAGACCUCGAGACGCAGACCAGGCUGGAGCAUGCCCACAUAAAGGAGCUUGAGCAGAGCCUGCUCUUUGAAAAGACCAAAGCUGAAAAACUCCAGAGGGAUUUAGAGGACACUAGGGUGGCUACAGUAUCUGAGCGCUCCAGGAUAAUGGAGCUAGAGAGGGAGGUGGCAGAUCUCCAGCUCAGGCUCCGGGCGUCCCAGCAGAAGGAGGAUGCUGUGUCUCUGUCACAGCAACAAAUCAGCAGCCUCAAGGCACAGGUUCAGUCUCAGGAGAAGAAGAUCAGUGAGCUGAGUGUUGACCUGGAGAGCAAACAGAAAGAGCUUCAGUCUGUACAGCAGGAUAAGACGUCUUUGGAACAACAGCUAACCAGUCUGAGAGAAAAGCUUGAGACAGCUGAGGAGGAGAACAGGAAGGCAGCAAAGACGAUGCAAGGAUUGGAGCAGAUUGUGGAGCGUUCAACGAAAGACUACCAGACCCUGAAAGAGGAGAAUCAGUCCAGGGAGAAAGAGCUGAGAGCCCAGCUGACACAGGUCACUGAAAAGUCAGAGAGGUUGACCCUUUCGCUGGAGCAGUUGACCCUUGACAAUAGGACACUGGAGACACAGCUUGAGGCUUUGAAACAGCAGAACUCCAAAUAUCAGGAAGAGCUCAGUCUGUCAAAAGAGCGGAGCAGCUCAGAAAACCAGCGUAUUGGCGUCCUCUGCAAGGAAAUUGAGGAGCUGAAGCUGGCAUCCCACAAGUCUCAGCAUCCUGAUGAGCACAACGAGGAUCGCAGCAGUCAACAGCCAGACAUGAAGAGCAGAGAAAUUGUCUCAAAUGUGGAAUCAGAGGGGGGCACAAACUUCCAGAAAUCCACUGGAGCCUUAAUCUCAGACAAAGACCGGGAAUUAGAAACUCUGAGGAAUGAGAUCGCGGUGCUGCGAGGAGAAAACGCCAUGGCCAAGACCCUGCAGUCGGCCGUGGAAACGCUAGAGAGAGACAAAGCUCAGCUGCAGAGCCGCGUUCACAGUCUAGAGCAAAGGCUUAUGGGAGCACAAGCCUCGGAGGAAGGAGACAAGGAACUCCCACCCUCUGGUGAUGCAGCUCUGGAGCAGCUGAGGGAAGAGAAGGAGUUUGCAGAGGGACAGAUCAACUUCCUGAAUAGUGUGAUUGUGGACCUGCAGCGGAAGAACGAGGAGCUGAAGAUCAAAUUGAAGAAGCUUGCUUUGUCUGAGUUCAAUGGUAACGACGGGACUGAUGGGUUUGAUGAAGGCAUAUCAAAGCGAGAGAAGAAGGCGACCCCGCGUCUCUUCUGUGACAUCUGUGACUGCUUUGACCUCCACGACACAGAGGACUGCCCCACUCAGGCUCAGAGCCCCGACUCUGUACCUCACACCACCUACCAUGGCAACCCUGCCGUUGAAAGACCCUACUGUGAUAUCUGCGAGGCCUUCGGACAUGCCACAGAGUCCUGCAAUGAUGAUCAGACCUUCUAGAGGCUCCAGGUGUUUUAUUCUCCUUCCCCUUCCUUUUGCUUCCUCCCCAUAAAAACUUCAGUUACCACCGUUUCCUCUCCUGCUCUUUUUUCCCACAGUCCAACCCAACAUGUCUGAAUAUAGCCGCUGCAAAUUUUUCCAUAAUGUAUUUUUAUAUCGUAUUUAUGCAUAUCACAAGUAGCCACUGUCCUGGUCUGAAUCCUUUACUCUGCAGCUCCAUUCUGUGUCAUGAAGAAUGCUCGUCCAAAUACUGUAUGCUGCUUUGGUGCAAUAUUGAUGUUAAUAACAAAAGGAAUCCGUCCUCUGCACUUGUCAUUUUUAAUGUUUGUUUUGCAUUUCAGUUUCUCUAAAAUAACUUAGGCUGAAUUUGUUGAUGGUCAGCAAAGGGAAGCACAGUUGAAUGAAGGGAAGAUAAAGCACCUCUCCACUCUGUUUCACAUAGCUCAGUGUGAAGCUAGAAACCAAUCACACUGAUGCUGCCAUAACUUUUUUUUUAUGUUUUAAUGCAAUAUUUUGUAAAGCCCUUUUAAUAAAAAAGGGAAAAAUAUUUUUGGGAAAAGGUAAU